CAUUUUCCUCAGGAGCUCUUCUAACUAUCUAUCUAUCGGAUCUGUAAAAAUAGUUUUUCCGGCGAAACCCUAAACCAAAAACCAGACAUCAAUCAGAUGGCGGACAACGGCGAAACCAUGAGGCAUCAAGAAGUGGGCCACAAGAGCCUUCUUCAAAGCGAUGCUCUUUACCAGUAUAUACUCGAUACCAGUGUCUACCCUAGAGAACCUGAAUCCAUGAAAGAACUCAGGGAGAUCACUGCUAAACAUCCAUGGAACCUAAUGACCACCUCUGCAGACGAGGGUCAGUUUCUUAGCAUGCUUUUGAAGCUGAUCAAUGCCAAGAACACCAUGGAAAUCGGUGUUUACACCGGCUAUUCUCUUCUCGCCACCGCCCUCGCCAUUCCCGACGAUGGAAAGAUUCUGGCAAUGGACAUAAACAGAGAGAACUACGAAUUGGGUUUGCCUGUAAUUGAGAAGGCCGGGGUGGCACACAAGAUUGAUUUCAAAGAGGGACCGGCUUUGCCUGUUCUUGACGAGAUGUUGAAAGAUGAAAAGAAUCAUGGAAGCUUCGAUUUCAUAUUUGUUGAUGCGGACAAGGACAACUACAUCAAUUACCACAAGCGGUUGAUCGAUCUGGUCAAGAUCGGGGGUGUAAUCGGGUAUGACAACACCCUGUGGAGUGGGUCCGUGGUGGCGCCGCCUGAUGCUCCGUUGAGGAAGUACAUAAGGUACUACAGGGAUUUCGUUCUUGAGCUGAACAAAGCCCUAGCUGCUGAUCCAAGGAUCGAGAUCUGCAUGCUCCCAGUUGGUGAUGGUGUUACCCUAUGCCGCCGCAUCAACUAAUUUCCGCCCUGUCUUUUUCAUGGGUUCAUUAUAAGAGCCAAAUCAAACAAACCUUAAUCCUCAAAAUGUAUUAUUUCUUUCUUUUCUGUCUUUUUUUUUUUUUUUUUUUAAUUUGUUUUUCUUUUGUUUUGUUUUUUUGUUGAGAGCUGGAAUACUAUAUAAUGGCUGUCUUCCAUGUUAUAAAUAUUAUAAAAUUGCCCAAAUUGUUUCUACUU